AAGAGGAAGGUUAUAUACCACGCCAGAUGAAAAAGUAGAACAACUUAUAACAAAAUUAACAAAAUCAAAAUUUUUAUAUGCUUUAAAAUUACUUUUUGAAAACUUACAAAAUAAAUUUUCAUCUCAAAUUUUAGUUGAUUCGUUAAGAAGUUUAGCCAAUCCUACACUAUUUGACCAUCAUUCAAUGGAAAUUUUUACAAGAUUGGAAUUACACUUACGAACUUUGAUAGUUAUUGGUAAAGAAAUUCGCGAUAAAAUUUACAAUUCUUUAACAAAAUUUGCGGAAUUUCAUCGUAAAAACAUACAAGUUAUUGGAGAAGGACUUGUUAGCGGCCUUAAGUCAAAGUACAAUCCAUCAAAUCAACAAAAUGACAAAGAUAACAAGGGUAUUGAAAAGCAUAACUAUAAUAUUGACUUUUUGUUAAUUCUCUUGCGCGAUACACUACAUAGCCUGCGUGAUGAUGAAACUUGGUUUCAAGAAAUUUUAAGAAGAACUAAGGAAUUUUUGAAGGCUGUUUUAAAUAUUGCACCAGGAAUUACAAUUAUUGUAGCACCCGGAGUUGCUCUUCCAAAUGACAAUUGUUCAAUCUUAUCAAUGCUUACUCAAUUACGUCAAGGUUUAAGUUUUAAAUAUCCAGUCGCUGCUUAUUAUAUUUGGAGAAUUAUGUUGAUAAUUCGACAUAAUCUUUUAAACUGGUCUGUAAGUGAUGAAAAGAUAAUUUGCAGAAAGUUUGGAGAAAGAAUCUUAAUGGAGUAUUUUUGGAGUUUUAUAGAGAGAGAGUGGAAUAGUGUUGCUGAUAAAACUAUGUUAAAUUCACAAACUAAAUUUGAUGAAGUAUCAAAUAAACUCUUCAAGACUUUAAGAAACACUGGAGGUUUUUUAAAUGAUCUUGCCGGAAAUGAACCACUUGCGUUACCAAAUAUAUUAUGGUUUGGCAUACUGGAUCUUGCACAAAAUCUCAUUCAAAAAUCUACUCAACCGAUAUUGGAUAUUAUCACAGAUGAAAUGACUUGUCCUAUUAGUCUUGGGCUGGAAGAUCAAUUUUAUCUUUUAAAUGUCAACAUAAGAUAUCAUACAAUACAUGAUACUGAAAGUAAUCCAAACUUGGAUCAAACAAAUAAACAACAUGAGGAUGAUUCUGAGGACGAUUCUGAUAAUUCAGAAGUUGAUCAAAUAAUAAUUAAAAAAAUGAAUCUUAAAGCAAUUAAAUUGAAAUUAGAUAUAUUACAAUCAAAAAAAGUACGUCCGGCUUAUCAGAAUGUUAUAAAUAAAUUAGCAAAUAAAAAUUAUGAAAAAGCUAUAUCAAUAGGUCAAGUAUAUUUAAGAGAGUUUCCUAAUAGUUAUACAAUGAGAUGUAUUUUAGCUUAUACUUGCAGAUUCCUUAAUUACUAUGAUCGGGCACUCUCAUUUUUAGAUGAGGCCAUUAGUCUAAAACAAAACAAACCAAUUGCGUAUUUUAUUCGUGGAGAAAUUCUUUUCAGACAAGGUUUAUAUGAUGAUGCAAUAAAGCAGAAAGAGAUAAUUUUGAUUAUUUGUAUGAUGAGCAAGAAAUCAAAAAAAAACAAAAAAAAGUGUUAUGAUGCUUUAAAAAACUAUGAGGUUGCAUUACAAAAGGAUCCGAGAAAUUAUUUAUGUUUGAAGUAUUGUGCAUAUAUUUAUGAAACUCAAGAAAAAUAUUCAGAAGCGUUAGAAAUGUUGGAUAAAAUACUAAUUAAUCAAGAUGAUUCAUUAUUACGAUGUUAUUAUGGAGAAAUUCUUAAUUAUUUAGGAAGAUAUAAUGAUUCAAUAUCGCAUAUUACAAAAGCAUAUAAUAUUGAUCCUGAGAAUACCCAUAUCUUAAUUAAAAAAGCUUUCACUCAUUACGAACUUAAAGAAUAUGAAAACGCUCUAUCCGAUCUUAAUGAAUUGAUGCAAUUAAAUUCUUCAUAUAAAAAGAAUUUCAUCGGUUUCAAGAAAUGGAUUCAAAUAGUGUUAUCUUUUGAAGAUGAAUUAUUGAAUAAAGAUUGUUCUGUGGAGUUUAUUGUUAAAGAAUUUGGUAUACAUUCAUUAAAAUAUAACCAGUUGUCUGCACUUAUUGGAUUGGGCUGGAUUGAAUAUACACUUCCAUUGUUAGAUUAUAAGGGGUCACAACUUUCAAUUAAUUUAAAGAGACAAAUAGAUUAUGUUCGACUGAAAUUUGAUAAAAGUAAUGAAAUCGAUAUUCCUAAUAAUCCCUUACAAAUCUAUAAAUCUUACCCAAAUAUUCCAGUAAUAUUUAACGACAAAUAUUUUUCAAAGAAGGAAAUGGAAAAUUUGAUUGAAUUAAAAGACAUCAUUUAA